AUUCCUCUGCCUCUCUAUCAAUUCCUCCAUUGCCGUACAGAUUGCAGAAAUCCACAGCUUUUGUAGGAAUCAACAGUUCAUAACUCUUCUGGAACCAUCAUCAACCUCACUCUCAUUAUUACAAAAUCCAAAAUUAGUUACAGCUUCAGUAACUCCCUUGUUCCCUUUCUCCAUCAAAUUUGAAGCUUGAAAGCCAAGAAAAUGUCACUACAGAAGAGUCGCUUCUUUGAGUGUUUUUACUCUGAAAAAAUGGCAGAAUCAUUUGAGGACGUAAUCCUUGAGGAGAGAGAAGAGGUCAUGGUUUCACCUACAGGUGGAAACCCAACUCUCAGAAAUGCCCAUUUUUUGAAACCCAUUGUAACCUCCAUUGAUGGACCACCCUUGAAGCUCUCUUCGCUCUCUCUCUCCUCUGAAUCUGAGUGGCCAUUGAAGGUUUCCUUCAACGGAUGGCGAGACCCUCUACUUAAGUGGAAAACAUGGGUCGAUCGCAUGCAUUCUUUAUACCAAUAUGUAUGGAAAGAAGCUGGAAUCUAUGAAGCUAUCAUGGGUUCUACAUACAAAAUCUAUAGAAACUAUUAUUUGGUUUUUGGGCUUGCCGAGAGAUGGUGUUGGGAGACGAAAACAUUUGUGUUUCCUUGGGGCGAGGCAACGAUAACAUUGGAAGAUAUGAUGAUUUUAGGGGGAUUCUCUGUUUUGGGUGCCCCUGUUUCAAAGCCUCUUGAAACCCAAGAAUUGGUUGAAAUCGAAGAAAAUCUGAAGCAAGCCCACAAAGACCUUGUUAAAUCAAAAUCACAGAAGGCACAUCAUUUUCAAUGGAUUAAUUGCUUUAUGGGUACUGGAAGCAAAUUUGAACAUGUAGCAUUUCUUUCUCUUUGGUUAUCGAGGUUUGUUUUCCCUGGAAAUGGCUAUAACACUGUUGGGAAAUAUGUUUUUCCAAUUGCAAUUCACCUAGCCAGAGGGACUCGGAUUGCGCUUGCUCCACCUGUUCUUGCGAGCCUCUACAGAGAUUUGAGUUUAUUAAAAGAAGCCAUUUCUGCUUCAGCCGAGUUGGGUGGUGAUGAAAGUGAAAACAGCUUUUUAGCACUUAGUGUUUGGGCACCUUUGGCAUUGGUUCAAAUCUGGGGUUGGGAGAGAUUACCACCAUUGCAGCCAAAACCCAAUUUCCUAAACUUCGGCGAUCCAAGAUUGGCUCGGUGGCAUCAGAUGAAGAAGUUGAAUAUUGGGAAUGUGAGAUUGGCUAUAGACUCUUCUGCAGAUAGUUUUCUAUGGCGCCCAUAUGCCAUAGCUGUUGACAACUGGUUGAUGCCUAAGUUUUACAAAGAAAAAGAAGAGUGGGUAUCUGGCAAUCUUGUUUGGGAUGAAGAAUUUGAAUCUUUUGCUAGAUGUUUGAGGGUUUGUGAGCUUGUUGGCAUAGACUGCAUAGAACAGUAUCUCCCACAUCGAGUUGCAAUGCAAUUUGGGAUGGACCAGGAUCUACCAGGAUGGGUUUCUCAGUCGGAUUGGACUCCAGAAAUUGCCUGGCAGAAUUACAGCAGACCCAUCAGGGAUGUAAAACUGUACAUUCCACCUAGGCUCUUUGAGUCAGAUGUAACUAUCCAAUACGCACAAUGGUGGAAACAGUCAGUUUUAGCUCCACAGGAUGCUAUUACAGGUGUUGUGAGACGUCCAAGGACUUUGAGGAGAUCAAAAAGAUUGUGCAACAUAUCCGAAAGAAUGAAAGGAGGCAACGAAGCUGAUGUUCCUCCAAAACGUGUAGAUAUAGGAGGAAAUCAGAACACAAUGCUACACAAUUUGAAAGGAUGGAAAGGAAUCAACAAUGCUGAUGUCCCUUCUGACUUUCCUCCCAUGUGUGUAGAUGUGGAAGGAAAUCAAAACACACAGCUACAGAAUCUGAAAGGAAGAAAAGGAAGCAACAAUGCUGAUGGUCCUCCUGGCUUUCCUCCCAUGUGUGUAGAUGUGGAAGGAAAUCAAAACACACUGCUACAGAAUCUGAAAGGAAGAAAAGGAAGCAACAAUGCUGAUGUUCCUCCUGGCUUUCCUCCCAUGUGUGUAGAUGUGGAAGGAAAUCAAAACACACUGCUACAGAAUCUGAAAGGAAGAAAAGGAGGCAACAAUGCUGAUGUUCCUCCUGGCUUUCCUCCAAUGUGUGUAGAUGUGGAAGGAAAUCAAAACACACCGCUACAGAAUCUUAAAGGAAGAAAAGGAGGCAACAAUGCUGAUGUUCCUCCUGGCUUUCUUCCCAUGUGUGUAGAUGUGGAAGGAAAUCAAAACACACUGCUACAGAAUCUGGAAGGAAGAAAGGGAGGCAAUGAUGCUGAUGUUCCUCCUGGUUUUCCUCCCAAACGUGUAAAUGUAGAAGAAAAUCAACACACUUCGCUACACAACUUUAGAGACAGGAAAGGUGGCAGCGAUGCUUAUGUUCCUCCUGGCUUUCCUCCCAUUUGUGUAAAUAUUGACGGUCAUCAAUAUACUUUGCUACACAAGUUGAAAGAAAUGAAAGGAGCCAUCAAUGUUGAUGUUCCUCCAGGUUUUAUGCCAAAACCUGCCAGCGGGGUCGAAAAUCUUCAAAACCCUGUGGGAAUAUUGCAAGCUAAGAACAAGCAUCACAGUGGAGAGGAAAGACUUACUUGUAAUGACAAGCAUUUUCUGGCUGCUCAAUUUCAAUUUCUGUCAUCUUCAACUGCGAGUAAUGGAGAUUUCGUGAGGGAAUCAUUGAUGAAACCAGGAGAAAAGAUUAAGCAGGCGGAAGCUGCAACAGUAAAAUCAGAAACAGGCAUCGAACAUGAAAAUCAGAGCAAAGCUGGAAGUUCAAUUCAUUGCACGAUUAGCAUCAACCCCAAGAAGGCGAAGGCAGUAGCUCUGUUACUUCUGACAUACCGAAGGUGGAACUUGAGGAUCGAAUUAGCAAACUUGAGAGAAUGGUUGGCUGAAAUAGCGGAUAGAAAGGAAGAUGAGCUACUUUUUGCUUUCCAUGUUAGAAGAAAAACUCUUGAGAAAGUCAUUGGCAAAAAGCAUUCAGGUUCACACAGAAGGCCUUCAGAUUGGAAUAGUAGGAUGAUAAUUGCCGAAGGGGCUGCCAGAGGAUUGGAAUACUUGCAUGAAACAGCUAACCCUCCAGUGAUUUACCGGGAUUUCACAGUGUCUAACAUACCAGAAAUUCAUCAUUCUGUGAAAGUUUUCCAAAAUUGUGAUGAGAGCCUGGCAUUGAAAUUCACAAUGUUACCCAUUUUGAAGGCACAAACCUUUGUUCAAAAGACAAAAAGGAAGUUUGACGUACUGGCAGACCCAUUACCUGAAGGGAACUUCUACCCCAUUAGGGGCCCUUACCAAGCUCUUGCAAUAGCAGCAAUGUGCCUCCAAGAGGAAGCUAGUGUUCAGCCUUUGGUCAGCAAUAUAGUAACUACCCUUGAAUACUUAUUUAUAAGUAAGAUCGAUGAGGCGGUGGGUGCAGAAAUGACGAGGAUCGUGUUGGAGUUGGAUAAUUAG